AUGCCGCCACAGAAGCGUCCAUACAUCCCGAAAACAAAAGGCUGCUACCAAUGCUCACGACGACGGGUCAAUUGCGACCGAGCCGAGCCUCAAUGCCAGAAAUGUCUCUCCCGCGGUCUGGAGUGCAGCGGAUUGGGCGUGCGACAUCGAUUCGAGAAUGGAGUUGCCUCGCGGGGCAAUUGGGCCGGAAAGGCUGAUAUGCAAGCCAUCUAUGAAGAUGAAAAGGAUGGCGUGCUGAUUCGAAGAGCCCGAAAGCGAGACCAUGCUCGACAAGAGAAUACGGCGAAACGAGUGGCCAGAGCCGCAAAUAAACGCUCUAAUGAGAACGAGACAACACGAAACGAUGACGAAACCCGAAUAAAUGCCCCGGCAGUGGCUAAUGUCGUCUUGGAGGAAUAUGCCAUCGACCCCAUACCAGAACCGCGGGACCUUGAGGAAAGUCUCGAGGAAAUCAUAUCAGCGAAUGCUCUUGAAUUGUACUCUGCAUCAUCGUCGGCUCAAAUGGUUGGUGAGCUUUGCUCGUCAAGUGGCUACGAUAUUCCAUGGCCAAUUCCAAGCAAUAUCCCCUCAUGGAAGACGCAAUUGUUCCAACUCUUUUCCCAGCAUAUCAGCUAUGAGAUGGUGGCCGUAGAUGGCCUGCACAAUGGCUGGCGGCAUCUCAUUCUCCCCUUCGCUCAACAUGACGAAUUGGUCAUGAACGCCGUCUUGACCGUCUCCGCGUUCCAUUUUCGAUUGAACGUGCUUGGGUCAGACCAGUAUCAAUUUGGCAGCUCGCCCCAGUGCAUCCCCGAUCCGAACGAGCUAUACAAGCAUGUUAUAUCCGGUCUGAAGCAGCAACACCAACUGGAUACAUGCAACAUCGACAAGAAGCAUUCCGUCCUGAUGACAAUUCUUGUCCUUAUUGUGGGAACUAUGGUGACCGGGCGCUCUGACUUCCCGUUCCUAUUCCGGAUGUUAGAAUCAGCACUCCAGGCGGUCGGCGGCGACGAUGUCCUGGGCAGCAGUGAUGCCGCUGCUUUUAUUCUUUCACAGGUUAACAAGUUGCGAGUCUACUCUGCCCCCCUUCUGAACGAAGAGACUGCACUGCAGGUCAUAUCCUCCCCGAUCAGCGCUGCGCAGCUCCUGAAUAGUCUCAGCCAUAAGCUAUCGUUCAAUCCGGAGAGCGCCGUGGUCCUCUCAUUCGUGAACGACCUGGUCCAGCAAGCCCUCGACAUCUACCUUCACCAGUUCUUCUUCAUUGACUCGACGCCCACCGAGACGGACGUGGCAGAUUCCAUCGCCCGUGUUCAGCACUUCAAAGAAACCUUGGAGGCCUACCCAGCCGGUGCGCCUGGCGAACAGGUGUUGAUCUGGGCAUCUUUUGUUGCGGCGUCCGGGAGCCAGACAGAGGAGCACAUGGAGUUCUUCGAGAACGUCUUCCUCAGGCACUAUGCGCGCAACGGGUUUGGCAAUAUUCGACGCGCCCUGGAGUAUCUACGCAAGGUCUGGGCUCGAGAGCCAGGUAUGAGGUGGACCUCCCUCUUGGCUGAUGCGAAAUUUCUCGUCAUGUGA